AACCAGACAGGCACAGCUUGAUUGCACACUCGGACUGAUUACACGCCCACAUAAAAUGGAUUCGGGUGGAAAGUUUACUUUGUAUUCUGGAGAUUUUAACCUUCUUGAAGAAAAUUACACCUACUACGAAUUGUAUGAUUAUGAAGGUUCAUGCUGUGGGACGUUGUGUGGUCAGGAAGCCAGCAUGGCCUUUGAAGCCAUCUUCAUUCCCAUCCUGUACUCCUUGGUGGUGGUAAUUGGGCUCCUAGGUAAUGUGCUGGUCCUGGUGGUCCUGUGGCAGAAGAAGAGGGCCUGGAGCAUGCCAUACACUUUUGUUCUUCACUUGAGCGUGGCUGACAUCCUGCUGCUGUUGACCAUGCCCCUGUGGGCGGUGGAGGCUGUGAAUGAGUGGAUCUUCGGCAUUGAGCUCUGCAAACUGGCCGGAGCGCUCUUUCAGGUGAACUUCUACUGUGUCAUUUUCCUGCUGGUGUGCAUCAGCUUGGACCACUACUUGUCCAUUGUCCACGCCGUGCAGAUGUUCUCUCUCAAGAAGCCCUGGCUGAUCCAGCUCAGCUGCAUGGCCGUCUGGUUCUUCUCCUUGCUCCUCUCCAUCCCUGACUGGGUCUACCUGGGUGCUACAGAGGACUCCAGACGGGGUAAAACUGAGUGUGUCCAUUGGUACCCCUCUGAUGGGUGGCGUUUAGCCUCCAGAUUGCUCUACCACGUGGUGGGCUUUGUGAUUCCGGCCUUGGUGCUGGUCUUCUGCUACACCCGCAUCCUGCUGAAGCUGCAGAGAGGCUCUCAGAGCCUGCAGAAACAGCGGGCUGUGAGGGUCAUCCUGGCUUUGGUGGUGGCCUUCUUCAUAUGCAAGACUCCCUACAAUAUCACCCUCAUGGUGGACACCAUCCAUGGCAGCCCAAGUAAUUACAUCAGUGACAUCUGUGACUCCACGACAGCUCUGGAUAUCGCCAUGACUGCCACUUCCACUCUUGGCUACCUGCACUGCUGCAUAAACUCAGUCCUCUACGCCCUGUUUGAAGUGAAGUUUCGGCGCCACCUGCAGGACAUGGUCAGGCCUAUCAGCUGCAGGCUGUCUCACAGAAGCUCAGCAUAGUCCAGGUGUGUGGACACCUCUCAUGUCAGCUUUCUGAGAUGAAUGCCAAAAUCACAGUGGUGGGAACAAGUCAGCAAGUUGCAAAUAACAAGUAAGUCUCAAGUCUUGAUUCUCAAGUCCCAAAUCAUGUCCAAGUCAAGACAUUUGAGUCUUCAUUCAAGUCCUGAUUAGGUACAGGCGAGGCUCAAGUCGAGUCCCAAGUCCUAAUCUUUGAGUCUAGUCUAAAUUCUUCAGCUAAUUUAAGGUCGUUUCAUCCCUGAACAUCAAAAAUGAUGGUAACUGUAGCGCAGUCGUUUAAUCACAACACGUUAGUAGUGUGUGGCUGUAUAUAAAGGAAAAGAGUGGUGAAAAGAAUUUUCAAAAGAUGUUUGAACAGAUGUUUUUGAAAAGAUAUUUUGGUAGCACUUUAUUUGGACGUUCCACUGCAGAUUCUUUGUAAGUGUUCAAUGUAUAUUUAAGUAACAUUCAACUGAAUAGCCAUUAAAUACCACUAUAUUCACUAAAUACCAAUUAAUUUCAACUGACCUUAAAUUCAGUGUGAAAGAGUUUAUUAAACCUGACCCGAAGCCCUAAACCUAAUCCUCACCUUAACCUCAAGACAAAACCUACAUCUACUCCUAACCCCAAACCUGACGAUAAUGUUGUUGAUAAUCAACUGAGGAUCGCCAGAAAGUUUGUUAGUGAUUUAAGUAGCUGUAGAGCAUCUACAGGAGACCAUCCAAAUAAAGUGUGACUGAUAUUUUUUGAUCACUUUGGGAGCUUUGGGGAAAAAAUGAGCUCAUAAAACAAAUAAUUUUCGAUGGCAACUGAAACCAAAUCAACCGAGCUUCCCCUCAGGGGAAAUUGUGAAGUUGACAAGGGCUUGUUAAAAUGAGUAUUGAAACAGGUGGAACAUAACGGCCCCCCAAAGAGGGAUGACGGGUGGGAUGAAUGUCAGUCUUUGACACUGAACCACAAACAAAAACUCCAAAAUCAACAGCGCACAAUCCUGGAAGACACAGAAGACUGAAUGGAGGAACUGCAGUGAAGAGAAGAGCCAUCAUUCCUACAGACUGGGAACGACAUGCAUUAAGGUGCUCACUGUGAUCUGAGCGUCUUGAUGCCAUCAAACUAGUGAAAAGCCUUUUAAAGAAUCUAUUUGAGCCAAAAGUGUUGCAUUUUUUGAGAAAAAGAAAUAUUUGCACUGUCCUGUGUCCCAGCGCUGCGAAUAAUGUCGCAAUACUUUUUGUAGGGUAGUGUCUGAAUUCUCUAGAAUGUUGUUUAUCUCUUUAAUAAGACAA